AUGUACUCCCUCUUUUUCCUCUCGCUUCUCACCGCUGCCCUUGCAGCCCCAUCUCUCGCCCCCCGCCCCACUUCAGACUCAUCAUCAUGCAUGUGCGCCGACGACGCCCAACAAGUGGCCUCCAACUUCCAAGCCCUCAUCGGCCAGCCCUUCAGCGCGACUCUCGCAGAAGCUGCCCUCGCCCCAACCUUCACCGACUACUCCGACAGCGUCAUCGAACUAAUCAACGCCGGCUGCCCCGGCCCCCUGACCCUCGGCAACCCAACGUUUACCUCUCGCGAAACCUUCAUCCAGGGCCAGGGCAAGCAAGCACCGAUUCCAUUUCAGAUUCUCAAUCUGUACAACACGUGCAGCGCCGUCAUUCUGCGAUGGCGCUCGUCCGCCCCGGGUUUUGUGCAACCUGAGCAGCAGGUGACGGGGAUCAUCAUCCUCGAGACGGUGGCCAACCCCGAUGCAGCAGCUGCCGCCAGUCAGCCUUGGUUGAUUGAGACCGUCUACUCGGAGUUCAACAGUGGUGCUUGGCUCAUUGACGUUGGCAAUUUCACAGCGUCUUGCAAUGCCCCUACUCGACGAGACGGGGCGUUUGCGGGGCGAAUGCACGCGUCCAUCCGUAACGUCGGCCGAAGGACUCUCCUCUGA